ACUCUCUCUAAACAUUAGAAUUACAGCAAAGAACAGAACAUAGAACUCUCUCUCUCUCCUCUUUUCACUAAAAGUAGACCAGAAACGGGAUUGAAGAAGACCCUUUCAAAGCCCUAGGAUAAGUGUCACUGUAUAUUUGUAUGUCAGCAUACAUUUACGUUGUUACUAGCAGUGUCUAAGAGCGAGAGAGCAAUUGGGUAUUCAAAGAAGAGUUCAAUUACCAGUUGUUGCCUUGUUUGAUCGAAGCUUGCAGCAGAAUUCAUUGGAAGAUGUGCUUUGUUCAAAAUUUGUAGCAGGAAACAUGUCUACUGAAGAAUGUUUAUCUCCAAAGGCUAAAAAGCUUCUUCAUUUUUGAACAUAUAUUCUUGACUGUACAUGAUUAGAGAAUUUUGUUUGUUCUUCUGAGAUAAUAUUUAUAAUUUACGGCCCAAAAAAGAUGGUGCCUUCAGGACCUCCUCCAACUCCUAUUGGUGCUGGUCAGACAGUGCAAUCAAAUUCAGGGUUAAUGGGGGGCGCUCAAGGAGGAGGAGUUCAAUCUGGAUUUCCGCCUCUUGUUUCUCCUCGUUUACAGUUUAGCAACGUUAACAUGAUGGGAAAUCCCAACAUGUCUUUGCUUGUCCAACCAUCUUUUGGAAAUGUUAGUAGCCCUAAUACUGGAUUAUCGGGUCCUGGGAAUAGUCAGAGAGGAGUUAUGGGAACAGGGUCCGAUUCUGACCAACUUUUAGCUACUAGAAAUGCAAUGGAAUUUAACCCUAACCAGUCCUCAUUCACAGCAGCCUCUAAUAUUGCAAACAAUCGCCCAGAUCAGGGUCAAGGCCAAGGCCAAGGUCAAGGUCAGCUGUUCUCAACAUCUUCAGCUAAUCAGAUAUUUCCAAACCAGCAACAGUCUCAGCAACAAUCUUUUGCUUCUCAAAAUCUUCAACGAAUUCAGCAGCCAUUACAACAAUCUUUUGCUUCUCAAAAUCUUCAACGAAUUCAGCAGCCAUUACAACAAUCUUCUGCUUCUCAAAAUCUUCAACAAAUUCAGCUUCCAUUACAACAAUCUUCCCCUCCUCAAAACCUUCAACAAACUCAGCAGCCUUUACAACAAUCUUCCACUUCACAAAAUAUCCAUCAACAGCAGUACCAAUCUAUUCGAGGAGGAUUAGCAGGAACUGACCAACAUUUUCAACCUUCACAGCAGUUGCAACCUUUGAGAAAUCUUGGUCCACAACAGAUACAGGCCAUAAGAAACCUAGCAUCCGUGAAGAUGGAACCCUCCCAACAUCCAGAUCAGUCAUUAUUUUUGCAUCCCCAGCAGCAGCAGCAACAACUGCUACACCAGCAGCAUCAACAACAACAAUUAGUGCACAUGUCAAGAAAGUCCCCACAGUCAGCUGCACAUUUUAAUAAUUUGGUCCAGCUACAACAACUUCAACAACAACAACAACAGAAGUCGCAACAACAUCAUCAACAACAGCAGCCGCAACAACAACAUGCUUUAAAAGCUAUUCCAUCACGACCACCCUCAACACAAUCACAAUUCCAAACCCAAAGUUUGCCUGUGAGGCCUCCUGGCAAGCCAGUGUAUGAAACUGGCAUGUGUGCUCGGCGUCUCACACAUUAUAUGUAUCAGCAACAACACAGACCUGAGGACAAUAACAUUGAGUUCUGGAGGAAAUUUGUGGAAGAGUAUUUUGCUCCUAAUGCCAAGAAGAGAUGGUGUGUAUCUAUGUAUGGUAGUGGCCGCCAGACAUCUGGAGUUUUUCCUCAGGAUGUAUGGCAUUGUGAAAUAUGCAACCGCAAACCUGGCCGUGGAUUUGAGGCUACCGUUGAGGUGCUUCCAAGGCUUUUAAAAAUCAAAUAUGAAAGCGGAACACUAGAAGAGCUUCUGUAUGUUGACAUGCCACGCGAGUAUCAAAAUGCAUCUGGCCAUAUUGUUUUGCAUUAUUUCAAGGCCAUACAGGAAAGUGUUUUUGACCAACUUCGUGUUGUCCGAGAUGGUCAACUUAGAAUUGUAUUCAACUCUGACCUGAAGAUAUGCUCUUGGGAGUUUUGUGCUCGGCACCACGAAGAACUCAUCCCAAGAAGAUUAAUGAUUCCCCAGGUUAGUCAACUUGGAGCUGCAGCUCAAAAGUAUCAGGCUGCUACUCAAAAUGGAACAUCUAGUAUGUCUGUCCCAGAGCUACAGAACACAUGUAAUAUGUUUGUUACGUCUGCUCGUCAAUUAGCAAAGUCAUUGGAAGUGCCCCUUGUUAAUGAUUUAGGAUAUACAAAAAGAUAUAUUCGGUGUCUCCAGAUUGCUGAAGUGGUCAACAGCAUGACGGAUCUGAUCGAAUCUAGCGCAGAAAAAGGGACAGGACCCAUGGAUAGUUUGGCAAGAUAUUCUGGGAGUGGAAACCCUGCUCAAAAGCAGCAAACUGAGGAACAAGCACAACAGCAACAGAUAAAUCCAUCUGUUCCGAACUCAAACAACAAUGAGGAAAGAUCGGAGCAGGUGACUACUGCAGCCACAAACUCUGCACCAGUACUUCUCAAACAGACCUCAAUGACCAGAUCCCAAACUUCCAUCACAAAUAACGGUCCCUUAGGUGGACUUGGUGUCCAGAUUCCAUCUCCAAGUUCCUCUGCUCAACCGAACCCAUCACCAUUUCAUUCUCCAACUGUUUCUUCCUCAAAUAAUAAGAACCCUAAUCAAAUCUCUCACGGUGGAUUAGCCGCGCCGGUUAAUGUAACAUCUGCAAAUGCACGAAAUUUUUCCAUCCAGCAGGCGUCACUGUCUGGAGAUGCUGAUCCGAGUUUGGUCCAGAAAAUAUUCAAUGAAAUGAUGAUGCAGAAUGGAGGUCCUGGCUUGAGAAAUGUCAAUGGGAUGAUGCAGACGAACAAUAUGACUGGACAUAAUAAUGGUGGAAACCUUUUUGCGGCGAAUGGAACCGCCAUGAACAGUUCCGGUAUGACUGGGGCUCCUUUCGGCAGUUUUGGUAAUCAUUCGGCCACGAUGAAUGGAAUGCAAGGAGCAAUUAAUGGUAAUGGUAAUGGUAAUAGAAGUGCCAUGACUUUGAAUGGUCAGAUAGCUAGCCAACAAAAUAUGAACAAUCAACAGCAACAACAGGGUUCUGCUUCUGGAGACCAACAACUGCUUAACAAUAUUGGAGCACUUAAUGGGUUUAAUAAUAAUCUUCAGUUUGAUUGGAGGUCAUCUCCUUAAUCUUGGGUUUGGUUUAUUCUUCUUCUUCUUCUAGAUCUCCCCCAUCCAGCUGUUUGUUCUGAAGAACAUAUACAAAGAAGAGAUUGUUUCAGAGCAAAGGAAAUUGAAAAUAUGCUCUAUUCGCCUUGAACCCUCUAGGCAAGGGAGAAUCCUCUUGCUGUUGUUCCUUCAAUAUCUCUCAUCUCCAUGUGAGUGUAUAUACUUUUUUCUAUGGUUGUUUGAGAAGAGGAACAAUGUUGGUCAAUUUAUAAGACUUCUGGAAUUGGUGAUCCAGUGGUUUGGAAUCAGACUUUCUUUCUUUUACAGUAACUUUUUCUUUUCUGUUUUGUUUAGGUUCAAUGAUAGGUGUAGUAAAUUCUUGAUCCUAAUUUUGAAAUUCUAUUUGUCUAUUUCUUCAUAGCUGAUUGGAUUUUUCAGCAAUUGAAGUUAUAUUUAAUACAUUGAUAUUAUUAUAA